CCCUCUAUUGUUGUUUACGAAGGGCAAGAGGUGGUAGUUCACGUCACUAAUGCUUUAUUAAUGGAGGGAGUCACUAUCCACUGGCACGGUAUCUAUCAGAGGGGGACGCCGUGGAUGGACGGAGUAGACAUGGUUAGCCAGUGUCCUAUCAGUCCUGGACAGUCCUUUACAUACAGGUUCAUUGCGGAUCCGAUCGGGACCCACUGGUAUCAUUCUCAUCUCGGUGUCCAGAGAACGGACGGCCUGGCUGGAGCCCUUAUUGUUCUGCCAAGAUCUGAAAGGGCUAAGAAGUCGAAGUCGAAAGAGUUUGUAGUGAUGGUACAGGAUUGGUUUCAUAAGUCAUCCUUGGAAUUAACGGAACACUUCGUGUGGGACCUUCGCAGGUUUUCCUUUGGUCCUGACGAUCCGCGAUGUUUCUUUGCCUCAGACAUACUCACAUCCGACGGUAGCCUGGCUGGGUUCAUGCUGUUUCAGUCUGGGGACAUCAAUGGCAGAGGUAUCUAA